CUCUCUCUUUCUUUCCCGUCGUUGCCAAUGUCGAAACUCAACUAUACUCCCGUCGACGAGAUCGACAAGAUUCAUGCAGAGUUAUCGAAUACCUUCAAGUCGGGCAAGGUCCAGCCAAUAGCGUACCGGAAAUAUGUACUGCUCCAGCUCGGCUACCUCUUGAAGGACAAUGUCUCCAAGUUCGAAGAGGUGUUGAUGGCAGAUCUGGGCAAGCCAAAGGUGGAGGUUACAUUGACUGAAAUUGGACCUUCGAUAUCUGAAAUCAAGGAUACGUACUCGAACGUCGAGAAAUGGGCCAAGCCAGAGAAACCCGGAUUCUCUAUCAACUAUACGCCCAUGCGACGGGUCAUCUACAAGCAGGGAAAGGGCAUUGUGCUCAUUAUAAGUCCUUUCAACUACCCCAUCAACAUGUCUUUUGGACCUAUCGCGUCUGCAAUCGCUGCCGGCAACACCGUCGUGUUCAAACCUUCCGAACAGACCCCGGCCACGUCUUCUUUGUUUGCGGAGCUAUUCGCGAAAUACGUUGACCCUUCGGUCAUCUGUGUCGUCAAUGGUGGGGUCGCGGAGACAUCCAAGCUCUUGGAACACCCGUGGGGACACAUAUUGUUCACCGGUAGUGGGCGUGUUGGACGUAUAAUUGCUUCUGCUGCAGGAAAAACUCUGACCCCCGUUACUCUUGAGCUUGGUGGCAAAUCGCCCGUGUUUGUCGAUCCGAAAUGCGACCUUUCAAUGGCAGCACGGCGUAUAUUCUGGGGCAAGAAUCUGAAUGCUGGUCAGAGCUGUGUCGCCCCCGACUAUAUCCUUGUUCCAAAGGACUUCCAAAAUAAAUUUAUUGAAGCCCUUAAAGCUGCCAACGACGCCUUUUAUCCUACCCCUGAGGCUGAAGCAAACUCUAUCGGGAGGCUUGUCUCACCACAAGCAUACAAGCGGCUCUCCAACUUGUUAAAGUCGACGAAAGGAACCAUUGCCUUCGGAGGUCGGCUAGAUGAAGCUACAAAGUAUAUUCAGCCAACCGUUGUGAGGGAUGUUUCGUUCGACGAUCCUCUUAUGUCUGAGGAAUUGUUCGGCCCUGUUCUGCCGAUCGUACCCGUCGACGAUAUAGACGAGGUUAUUAAGUUUGUCAAUGCCCAUGACCAUCCCUUGGCUCUCUAUGUGUUCAGCCAGGAUAACGAAGUGAAGACGAAGAUCAUUAACAGCACUCAAAGUGGAGCCAUUUGUAUGAAUGAAACCAUGACUCAUGUUGGAGCGGAGGGCCUACCUUUUGGCGGAGUUGGUCCUAGUGGCAGUGGGCAUCACAAUGGCAAAUUUGGCUUUGACACGUUUACGCACACGCGUGCGUCGCUUGACCCUCCUGGAUGGUUGGACAUGAUUCUAUCGUCUCGCUAUCCUCCUUAUACCGACAAGAAGCUGAAGUCUAUAAGCUGGCUGUUCCCUAAGUUACCCGCGCGACCGACAGGUCCACCAGCACCGAUGGAAGGCCGGUCCUUUACAAAAUGGUUUCUGUUUGCUUUAGCUACUAUUUUUGCGGGAUUGCUAACUAAGAGGAAGAUUUUGGUCUGAACGUUGUGGGAGUUGUAUGGCAAUAAAUAAACGUUUGAUGUACGAUCCGGAUGUCUAGACCAUACACUUCGCGUAAAUGAUGCUGAU